AUGAACUCACAAUUUGAAAUUUCGCAGGACGUCAUUCCUCACAAUAUCAAUAUUGAUAAGAUAAGGAGAGAUUCUAUAAUACACUCUGCUGGCGUCGGUGGUGUUUCGUGGGGCACAAGACGUAUAAGUACAUGGCUUAGAAAUGAAUCGGUUUUCCAUGCUACAUUAAAUGAAGCCGUUCUAAAAAAUAAUCAACACAAAUCCAUCUCACUUAAUAAACGUAACAGCUUGAUUGAUAUUAAUGGCAAUAGGGUUAGUUUGCAUGACUACAAUGAUACAAAUUUAGAAUUUGAAAAACAGUUUUGUAAAGAUUAUUCAUGUUGUGGAUUAUCAUUGCCAAAUUUACAUGAUUUAUUAUCGCAUUACAAAGAAAAUCAUAUAAAUUUAGAUGAUGAAGCUUACUACAACAAAAAUUCUCAAAAUCAAAAAUAUUCAUCUCAUGAUCAGAGUCUAUCUUUUAACCAAAUCCCAUUAAAUUAUUAUGAUCAUACAAAUGUCAUUGAUUCAAUAUCUACAAAUGAAAUAUUUUUAGAUAUGGAUACAAAGAAUGGCGAAGGCCCUCAUUCAAUUGCUCCUCUAACACCCGAUUCUUUAAAAACCGAUAAUACACAAUUAAAUGGUUCAAACGAUACUAUCCAAUUUAACAAUCCAUUUGCCAAAAAAAUGGAAUUUAAUUCAGAAGGCGAACAAGUUGCUUUAGGUGAUAUAGAUACUAAAUGCCAUGAUAAUGAGAAUGAAGAAGGGGAAUAUGGGGAAGAGUUAGAAGAAGAAGAUGAUGAUGAUGAAGAUGACUUUGAGCAAGAAAAUAUCGCUUCUCCCGUCGAUAAAAUAAAUGAUGACCCAUCACUAAAUUUGAACAGUUCAAUUAAUCUUCCAGAUCUCAAUCACAACUUAAAUGAGCUUCAUAUCAACACAUACAACCUUCACGCCUCUAAUAAUUUCUUAGACGAUCCAGCAAGAUAUUUGCAUGCUACUGAUUCUCAAAAGGACACUCCAUUUAAAUGCCCCGUUAUCGGUUGUAACAAAUGCUAUAAGAAUCAAAAUGGUUUGAAAUACCACAAGAUUCAUGGUCACAAGCACCAAAAACUACAAAAUAAUCCGGAUGGAACUAUUACAGUCCUAGAUCCAAUAACCAAUCAACCAUUAUAUCAUAACUCGGAUUUCGAAAAAGAUAAACCAUACCAUUGUGAAGUUUGUGGCAAGAGAUAUAAGAACCUAAACGGUUUGAAAUAUCAUAGAGGUCACACCACACAUUAG